GACGGAUAAAGCAAAGUAUUGGUAAUUGAACAGUUAGUAGUUCGACGCGGGUGUUUGUGCUGUCGAGCGUGACUGAUAGGAGAUGAAGUUUAAUAAGCAUGUUAGUAGCUCACGUCGUAAAGCCCGUAAACGUUACUUCAACGCCCCUUCUCACAUUCGCCGGCGGCUUAUGAGCGCUCCUCUGUCGAAAGAGCUUCGAUCUAAGUACAAAGUUCGGAGUAUGCCCAUCCGCAAAGGUGAUGAAGUACAGAUUGUUCGAGGCGAGCGAAAGGACCUCAAUCCUGCAAAGGUCAUCCGUGUCUACCGAAAAAAAUAUGUAAUCCAUAUCGAGAGGCUCCAAUGUCGUAAAAUGAAUGGCGCAUAUGCACCUAUCGGCAUUCACCCAUCUAAUGUCGUGAUACACAAAUUAAAAUUGGAUAAAGAUCGCCGCUCAUUGUUGGAACGCAAAGCUGCUGGAAAACUAGCUGGACAAGACAAAAAUAAAUACACAGAAGAAACUAUUGAGUCGUAAUUCGUAAUACACAUUUUUGUGGU